AUGAUAUGGGACUCUCUUUUAUUGAUCUCGAUAGCAUGGUAUGUCACCCUUGACGUCUCGAGUCAAUUGACCUCACAGGAAUAUAGGGUCUGUCUCCGAUUGUACCAACUCAGCAAAAUUUCCCGAGAAGAUCUAGAGGAACGCCUUGGAUAUGACAUUCCCCCUAUACCAGAGAUAUCCGUUGCAGGCAUCAAAGCUCGCUCGGUGGCGUUGUACUGGUUGAACUCAACGCUGAACGGGUUCGCUGCUGUGACGCUUUCAAUUGUCGUGAAUGGUGUCAAACGUAAGCUUCAGUAUCCAGAAGCCGGAAAAUCUUCUGAUACCCUCCCAGACGCCGACACUCAAACAGGCUUGGAAGAAGAUAGUCAGCAUCAAGGCGCGACAAUACGUACUUCUUCCUCUCUUUUCAGCAAGCAAUCGUCGCAUUCAUCGUCGAAGGAUGUCCACGCCGUUCAGCAGGUUACCACCAAAACUGCUUCAAUGCGGCGAGCAGUAUCCCCUAUCCGCCCAAAUACUUCACCUAAUGUUGAAUCCUCAGACGGAAGUGACAGUGGCGAAAAUGACUCCCCGGAAUACAUCGUUCAAUUGACCACCAGAUUGGAGUCUCUCAGGGCGCUGAAGACGGAAGUGGACAAGCAGGUGGGAGAUGAAGAGGCAGAGGCGAAGGAGCAUCACGCGGGGUUAUCGAAGGAACGCGACGAAUUGAAGCACGAGCUGAAAGAGAAAGAAGACUCGAGCGCGGAGCUGCGGAGGCAGGGCAAUCAUCUGGAUAAACUGAAUCGCGGCGCCCAAAGUAGACGUUCUGGGAAAGAGAGAGUACUACAGCAAAAGAGAGCAGAACGGCUGAAGGUGAAAGCUGAUAUCACAAGAUGGGACCUUGAGAAUGCCGGUAUGGAGAAAGAGAUUCAAGAAAUAGAGUCAGAAUUAGACUCUCUAGGAAACAUAAGAGUGCGCGAGAUGGCAGAACUACGGCAAGCAAUUAUGGCUGAUCAGGCCAGUAUGAAGGCUCUAGAGGAGGAGCUCCGGGUACGAGGUGCUCACAUGAAGGAGCUAGAGCAGAAGAGAGAUCAACUAGAAACCGAUGAAGCAAACAAACCUGAACGAGUAAAGUCUGAAAGAGCCAAGAACGACGCAUGGGAUCUGAAAUAUCAUACCCUGCAGGCUCAGCUGCAAUCCAUGUGGCAAGCCCUCCAGCAGUCCAAAGCCGAGGAACAAAAGGCAGAAGCAACAUUCAAUUGGUGGUUCACGAGACAAUCGCACGACCCGGAUAGUUUUGCGACGCUACCUCCCAUGGAAAGUCUGUCGCCCCAUGCGCGAAAUAGAUCUCACAGAAAUCGGCACACAAAUUCUCGCACAAGUGGCCAAGCGACUCACGCCUACUCUGGUGGACAAGGAGACUUCAACGGAGCACCCCCUCCUUACUCCAAGACUAAUUCUACACCAAUGCAAAUGGACAGUGGGUUCAAUAUGGCCUCAGACUUUGAUCAAAGCGGCCCGGUUCCCGCUGACAAUGGCAACAUGACUGGGGAAGCGAUGAUCAGUCCUGCCGCUAACGAUCUCUUACCCUCGUAUCUUUUCGGUGAUGAAGACUCUACGAGCGGGCCUGCAUCCGGCAUUGUGGCAUCCAGCGAGAUUGACCAUCCUGAUCCGGGGCAUCUCAUGAGACAUACAGUAUCCAAUUCUGAUACCUCAGGACCUUGUCCCAUCACACCUAUUUCUGGUGAUAGUCGGGCUAACAGUGUAUUCACAAGCCCGCAUGACAGUAUGCAAAAUGUUUCAUCUUUUGUCCCCGAUAUUGAUAAGCACUCUGCCAAUUCUACUCGGACACCACUCCCUUCUUCUCUGACCGCCGAUCCAACCUCACAGCCGUCCAACAGAUUUGCGAACCUCUUUAGUUCCCCUUUUGGGCGACCGCGCGGUAAAUCGAGUGCUCAGGAACCCCCAGCUCUUGGUACCCUGAAACAGGGCCAAAGUCACUCUUAUCCUCGUGACCUCGACCAAGAUGCUUAUGACAUUUCCGGUGCUCGUCGAAGGCGUGGGAGCCAUGGAACAUGGGCGAAUCCGGUGGCCGGUUUGCUCAACAGAAAUAGCUCGAAUGCAGAAAGCAACGUGAUCAGAGCCAGGACUGGGUCCGGUCGCAGCAGUCGACUGAACAUGUUCAAACCAAGAAUCAAUCCACUCGAUCCGUCAUCCGUCAACGAGCAGGAAACCUCCUCCUCCCGGCCAUCUUCAACUUAUUCCUACGAGCAACACUUUAGAAGGCCUUCAAGUGAGAGUCAAAGUAUAUGGGGUCCUUUUGGUGACAAUUUAUCGGAUCGCAACAGCCCACUGAAUGCUAAGUGGGCUGUCAAUCCGAGUCCAUGGUCACACGGGCCUUCACGAAGCGCAUCAUUACAGCGUGGCUCUUCUACCAACCUCUCCAUGGGAACGACUCCAUUGGAUGCUGAGGACAUCAACAGGCCUUUGUCAAGGCACAGGCCGGAGCAGGCACCCAUCGGAACUCGACCGACAUCACAGCGGGUCCCUGCUCCCAAGUUGAACCCUGCUGCUCCCACGUUCAAAACCCUGUUCAGCCGGAGCGACGCUAGGAAGGCUGCAAGAAUAGAGAAGGGUGUUCAUAAGACGUCGGAUAUGACAAAAGCUAAAGAGGGUGAGAAAGGCGACGCUGAUCUGAACGAGCCCAUACCUGACGUCUCCCCGCCACAUUCGCGCUUGUCGCGAGACGCCCAAUCUGUUAGCACCGCUGCGUCGACUGCAGACUCACGCGAGUCUUUCGAGCGGACCGCGUCUGGUGCCGGUAUGGAGAAUCCAGUCCCCAAGGAAAGCUUGAUGCAGAAGAUUACGCGCAAGAGUAGCUCCAGUAAAUUCAACGUACCGUGGUCAAAAGAACGAGGGUUCUUCUCGAAGCGGGCCGGAGAGCCGCCCACACCUGGAGAGAUCGACGAAGACAAUUCAAGCGAAGGACAGCUCGGCAAGAGUGCCGAUAGCGUGGUGAGUGCUCCACAUACUCCUCGCGAGGAGAGAAGUGGACGCGCAUGGCCGAGCAUUAGACGCAAAUCCAGAAAAGGGUUCGAGGCGCUGGAGAAAGGUAACGAGGCUGGCGAGGGAGAUGACUAG